AAAUUAUCGAUAAUAUGAGUACUUUAUGUCUAAGACUAUUACCAAUCGGUGGUAGUCUUUAUGCGAGACAUUUGACAACAAAAGUAUUGACCAAUUUUUGUUUCAGAAGUUUGUCAAAUGAUUAUCAUAACCGACGACCAGAUCAACAACAAAACGACACCACAUUUGACACUAACAAUGAGUCCCAACAGCAGAUGUCUUCAUCAUUGCUUCCGAAGACGAAACGUAUUCAAUGGGAGACACAAUCAAAGAGAAGAAAUAUACUGAAAGAGAUCAACACAAAAGUUAAAUAUGAAGACCAAUUUCAAGAUCAUCGGCGCCACAAUUUGUCACCAAUUUGUGUCCAACAGUACCAGCAAUGGCUGAUUGAUUGGUGUCAUCGGUUGGGUGUCGUCGAGAAGUCGACUAACUUUGUCCGAAGAUAUCGAAAGAUUGUCAUAAUAUGUGAUAUCUAUAAUGAAAUACUGAACACAACAUUUCGGGUUCCCGUACGGCUGACCACUGACCACUUACGACAACUCAUGCAAUUAGAUUUGCAUCGAGAGAUCAGAGAACAGAUCCACUAUUGGUAUGACUUGGAGUUCAAGAAGUACGCGCAGAAACUCAUGCAAAAAGAGCAGGCCAUAGAAAAUUCAUGGAAACUGGAGAUGAAACAUACCGGUCGUACCUCAAGAAUAGGCAUAUUUGACGCCAAAAAUCCAAACGAAAUAGUUUAUGGUUUAUGGCAUAACACACUCUUCACGAGAAUCAAUCCUCGUGUUAGACGAGAGUUGAUCGCAAAAACGCGUCUGAAAAAUGCCGCACUGUUUGGCCAAAAAGUGGUCAUUGAUUUCAGUUUUGAAGAACAUUUAAAUGAAUUGGCGGCCAAACAAUUGUUGGGAUAUUUAUCCAAAAUGUUUACUUAUAAUAAAAAUGAAUUGAAUGAAUCGUUUGACAUARCAUUUUGCAGUCUAAACCCUUACGGAAUUGUUAAGAAAUAUACGGAAAAUUAUUUUCAUAAAUCUCUUUAUGAAUGUUAUAUAAAUGUUACGCAAGACUCAUAUCUCAAUCAUUUUGAUGUCAACCGACUUUGUUAUAUAUGUCCGCAAGCAGAUGAACCACUUGUCAAAUAUGAUAAUAAUAUGGUUUAUAUAAUACCCGGUGUUGUACAGCAUCUGAUGAAUCCUCCACUUUCUAUGAUGCGUGUCCGACAAGAGGGCAUUCAAAUGAAACGAAUCCCACUUGAAGAGUACGGAACAGUAAGAGAGGGCUUCCAUUUAGAGGUGUCCAACACAUUGGAAAUAUUGUCAUUUUUGCGCGAUUAUGGAGAUAUGGAAACAGCAAUCAAAAUGUUUUUGCCAAACAGUGUCUGGAAAAGUGAUGAUGAGAUCACUGAAAAAGAUGAAGAAGUCAUACGACGGAUGUUUUAUUUACGAAAAAUUGCCGCUCAAAGUACCACUAAAAUGUAUCGCGCAGUUGAUUAG